GAAUAGGGCGAACAAAAAAAAACAUAAGCAGCGUUGCCGUGUUUAUCGCUCCUAAGGGUUCCAAAAAAAUCUGAUAGAAGACCAGUCUUAUAGUGCAUAAUCACUGCCUCUGCAGAUUUGCCACUGUUUGAUGUUUGGUAGGGAGAGUGUGUGGCAACGCCAGCGGCUGCCGGAGAGAGAGUGUGUGAGGGAGAGAGAGAGAGAGAUAGAGAGAGAGAGAGAGAGAGGAGGGGGGAACUCUAUCAGAGUCGCUGUACAUACAGCCUGGCCGCUGCUGCAGUUCAUGCCUGAGACCGGAGAAGCCGGCGGAGACGGAGGCUGAGCGAGCGGGAGUUGGGGAGGAAUUAAAGUGAAAAUGGAGAAUUACAGGCGCCUUUCGCCGUUGCACGGGGAGAAUUAACGAAAGUAAACCAACGACCUCCGACGAACCGGGAUUUGUUUUUUUCAUCUUUUUUUGUAGCCGAAAGAAAAGCGCAGCGAUGAAUUGAAGAGGAACUAGCUAGCUACGCUCUGCGCUUUUCACAGCUGCCGUUUUUAACUACCAAGUAUCUGAUGCUGGCUAGCCGCUGCUAGCUAGCUACCUGUGAAAAUUGUUCUGAAUCACCUUUCAACAUUUCCUUCUGCCUGACCUGCUGACAAAAGAUGAUUGAAGAAGGAGGGAAGAGAGGAAAGACGAUGGCGGAGAAGAGGCAGCUGUUUAUGGAGAUGAGGGCACAGAAUUUUGACGUCAUCCGACUGUCGACAUAUCGGACCGCCUGCAAGCUGAGAUUUGUACAGAAAAGAUGUAACCUUCACCUGGUGGACGUGUGGAACAUGAUCGAGGCGUUCAGGGACAACGGCCUGAACACCCUGGAGCACAACACAGAGAUCAACGUGUCCCGCCUGGAGACCAUCAUCUCCUCCAUCUACUACCAGCUGAACAAGCGGCUGCCCACCACCCACCAGAUCGGCGUGGACCUGUCCAUCAGCCUCCUGCUCAACUUCAUGGUGGCCGCCUAUGACAGCGAGGGGCAUGGCAAGCUCACCGUCUUCUCCGUUAAAGCCAUGCUGGCGACCAUGUGCGGUGGAAAGAUAGUGGACAAACUGAGGUACGUUUUCUCGCAGAUCUCGGACUCCAACGGGAUGAUGACCUUCUCCAAGUUCGACCAGUUCCUCCGGGAGGUGCUGAAGCUCCCCACGGCCGUGUUCGAGGGCCCCUCGUUUGGGUACACAGAGCACUCCUUACGCACCUGCUUCCCCCAACAGAAGAAGGUCACGCUGAACAUGUUUUUGGACGCGCUCAUGGCCGACCCCCCCCCACAGUGCCUCGUCUGGCUCCCCCUCAUGCACCGCCUCGCCAACGUGGAAAACGUCUUCCAUCCUGUGGAGUGUUCUUUCUGUCGGAACGAGAGCAUGAUGGGAUUCCGUUACCGUUGCCAACAGUGCCAUAACUACCAGCUCUGCCAGGACUGCUUCUGGCGGGGCCACGCCAGCGGUCCCCAUAGCAACCAGCACCAGAUGAAGGAGCACUCUUCCUGGAAAUCCCCGGCCAAGAAGCUGAGCCACGCCAUCAGCAAGUCGCUGGGGUGCGUCCCGAGCCGGGAGCCCCCCCACCCCGUGUUUCCCGAGCAGCCCGAGAGGCCGCUGGACCUGGCGCACAUCGUUCCUCCGCGGCCCAUAGCCAAUAACAUGAACGACACCAUGGUGAUGUCAUCAGGAGCUCCCACCCCAACCAAAAGCCGGUCGCCACGGGGACUGUCCGGCGGUCGCCGGGCGACGGAGGAACACGCCCUGAUCGCGGCGUACGUGGCUCGCCUGCAGACCGGGACACGCGCUCUGGACAGCCCGAGCCGAUUGGACGAGGAGCAUCGACUCAUCGCGCGCUACGCUGCUCGCCUGGCGGCCGAGGCCAGCAACACCGCGCAACGCCCCCCGACGGAUCUGGGCUUCAACUUCGACGCCAACAAGCAACAGAGGCAGCUCAUUGCCGAGCUGGAGAACAAAAAUAGAGAGAUCCUGCAGGAGAUCCAGCGGCUGCGUUUGGAGCACGAGCAGGCCUCUCAGCCGACCCCAGAGAAGGCGCAGCAGAACCCCACUCUGCUCGCUGAGCUCCGGCUGCUCAGACAGAGGAAGGACGAGCUGGAGCCGAUGUCCGCUCUGCAGGAGAGCAGGAGGGAGCUGAUGGUGCAGCUGGAGGGACUCAUGAAACUGCUCAAGGAUGAAGAGCAGAAGCAGGCCGCGCAGGCUGCCAGCCCCCCCCACUCUUCGCCCAGUCACGGUGCCAGCCGGCCCAUGCCCAUGCCCGUGCGCUCCACCUCUGCCGGCUCCACCCCUACCCACGUGCCCCAGGACUCGCUCGCCGGGGUGGGCGGGGACGUGCAGGAAGCCUUCGCUCAGGGUGCGAGGAGAAAUCUCCGCAACGACCUCUUAGUGGCAGCUGACUCCAUCACCAACACCAUGUCGUCCCUGGUGAAGGAGCUGCACUCCGUAGAUAACGGAGGUGAGGAAGAGGAGGAGAACAUGCAGAGCGGGAAGGAUCGGGGUUAAGCAGCGUGGUGCUGAAAUUAAACAUUCUAAGCACAGUGACUGUACAGAAGCAAGCGAUCACUCUGCAAACAGCGCCCCCCACCUCUCCCCCCCCACAUCCCUCACCAUGACAACAGGCAAAAAUCGUCCAAUCACAGAGGAGCACCCAUGAGUUCCGGGGGGACCCCGUGCAAGGAACCUCCGUCUCCCAGCACGCCCUCGUUCUCCCACACACAGCUGGGAUGGACAGACUACUCUCUCUCUCUGUCUAGCUCACUCUUCUCUUUCUGUCUCUCUCUCCCUCGCUCUCUCUCUCUCUGUCUCUCUCUCUGAAUAGCUCACUCUUCUCUUUCUCUCUGUCUCUCUCUCUCUCUGUCUGUCUGUCUGUCUGGCUGUCUCUCUCUCUCUCUCCUGCCAGUGAGACUUUAUUAGUAGUGCAUGCUGUAGUUUUAACCCAGGGUUCUGCCCUGCCUGAGCACUUCUUCACACAGUCAGUGUACCUGUUUUUUUUAUUCUUUUAUUAUUAAUGUUUUUUUUUGUUUGUUGUUUUCUGAAAUAACGUCUUACUAAGCUCUCGGUCUGUGUGUGUGCGCAAAAUCUCCACGGCGACGGAACUGCUUCCCGCGCUUAGUCUCCCUCGUCCCGUUCAAUCCCAGCAUCCUCCUCUUUUCCCUUUCCGACGGGAGAAAGGCCAGAGCGCGUGUCCACUGUACAUACGGUCGACUGACGAGCCCCACCCCACACGCGAUGACAUCACCGCCGCCCCCGUGCUGCUGUUUCCUGUUUGCAACUUAUUUGUACUGUUCAGAAGUGAUGAGCUUUUGCAUGAACCCGCAGUCCGGUCUGGGCGUCGUUGCCACGCCCUCUUCGCUUCGACCUUUGACCCCCCACACCCCGCCUCCCCCCCCCGGCUGCUUUGAGUGUCUCUGUUAUUACCCAUAAUCCACCUCACCUAUGGGUUUGGCUGCUCUGCUGCAGAGGGAGCUUCUCCACGUCGUCUUCUCUUCUCUUCUUUUCGUUUUUGCUUCUGUUUCGUUCGUUCGUUUGUUCGAGAGGACAAGCUCAGUUCCCUUCGGGGGUUCUCGCCACUGCUUUAUGAACGCCGUGUUUUUGGCUUCGACCGGCGCGGUGCGCUCCACCCCCAGAGCGUUCACCAAACAAACAGGCCGUCCUGGGGAACGGUGCCAGACGAGUUUUCCACAAUCUCUCUCAUCCCCUCUGCUCCACGUGAAUCUCUGGCAUCGACGUCAAAGGAUUGUAACUGAAAGGAAUGUUUUAAACUGCAGUGAUUAUCAGUGAUGAUCAUUCAUGUGAUUUGAUCUAGAUUUCCCUUAGACUGCCCACUUACGUCUGUGAACGCAAUGACUCCUUUACAGUGGUCGAACCACUUUUCCAGCCAUUAGGCCAGUCCUGUUAUCACAAAAAAAAAAAAACACCUUGCGAAUGAAUUUUCCGUUGGCCAAGUGAAAGCCAAAGCAGAGGUGAAAAGAGUGAGUCUGAGUCUGUUUUGCAGCUGAACUCUGGUUGGAGCGUUAGCGUUAGCAUUGGAAGGUGAACUCUGUUUGGAGAGCUAGCAUUAGCAUUUGCAGGUGAACUCUGGUUGGAGCGUUAGCAUUAGCAAUAGCAUUGGCAGGUGAACUCUGGUUGGAGCGUUAGCAAUAGCAUGUGAGCUCUGGUUGGAGUGUUAGCAUUGGCAGCUGAAUUCUGGUUGGACCGUUAGCAUUAGCAUUUGCUGAUGAACUCCGGUUGGACCGUUAGUAUUAGCAUUAGCAGGUGAACUCUGGUUGGAGCGUUAGCAAUAGCAUGUGAGCUCUGGUUGGAGUUUUAGCAUUGGUAGCUGUAUUCUGGUUGGACCGUUAGCAUUAGCAUUUGCAGGUGAGCCAGGUGUGAAAACAGCCAGCGCAGCUUAUCGAUGUUGCUCAGUUCACACUGUACGCUAGGUUGUACGCUAGGUUAGCACUAACCUGGACACAGGAAGAACCAAAAAGCUGGCUAACCAUCGGGGACGGUGGGGGGUGUAUUUCGCUGAAAAAUAAUAACCGUUCUCAUUUUUUGUUCCAUUUUGUUUGUUGAUUUUCAUUUUGGUUUUACGUCGCUUCUCGUCUUUUGCGAUUGGGCCGAGUUUUACGGGAUUUAAAAAGGCAUUUUUGGAAGACCCAAAGAUGAUCUGAAGUACGUCCACUGAAGAGACCUGAGCUCUGGCUUUUGUUUUUGUUUACAGUCAGGUUUGGGACUGCACUGAUCCUCUUGAAGGAAUUACGAGUUUGGGGGAGGGGCAUGUGGGGUCAGAGGUCAUGAAAGCUUGCUCCUUCCCCACAGAUUAAGCGGUGGGUGCCUGCAAGGAUUAACGGCAAAAAUGAAGCUUUUCGUGUUUAAAAGUUAUGAUGAAAGUGCUCAGGGAAAUAUUAAUGGAUUGUUAAAUAAUAAUAAAACAGGAUGCUGUCGGUGGUCGGCUCUUCUCAGUGAACAUUGCUGAAAUACUUGUUCUGAUUAUGCAAAGAUUCUAGAGCCGGUUAGCAGAGGUUAGCGGAGGUUAGCGGAAGUUAGCGGAGGUUAGCCGGGCCGCGGGAAUGGCGGGGGCUCGUGGGCCGAGCUCGCGGUUGAAGUCCACGAUGUUGGUCUCGCUGUAGACUGUGCACGUGGACGAGAAUCCGGCCUGGUGGAUUCGUUUAGGGAGUCUGAAGACAGGAGAGGGACCCGUUAGGUGGACAUUACGGUUGGGGAGGGAAGGUGGGGGGGGGCGGGGGGUGGGGGGUACUGGAACCUGAACUGGGUAUUUAUUGCGUUCUGAAAAGCUAUGCGAACGGUCGUUGGAUUCAAUAUAUAUUAUUUAUUGCUUGGAUUCAAUAGAUUUUUAUUUAUUUUUUUAAAAAGAAGCAUUUUGGUGUUCGCCACUGUCUGUACCGUUUGUUUUGGCACCACUGAUGUACCUGUGUAGAGCACUGCAAGCUGGGAAACAUUUUAAUCCAGGACCCUCAGAAUUAAAACCCACAGCGUCUGUUUGAAGAAAAAAAAAAAAAAAGGAAAGCGUGUACAAUACAAGCACUUAGGAGGACUACCCUGUAUCCUGACUGACACCGUGGGGGAGCCCUGUUUAAAUAAACCGAAGAGGAAACCUUUCCAGAAUGUUCUUGGGUUUGUUUUUUGCAGGGUGGGGGGAAGGGGGGAAAGGGGGGGCAGACAGGUUUCCAUGGGUACAAUGAAGAUGAUGACGAUGGGUUUUUUUUUUUUUACACUUGCCGUAGAAUACCACUGUCUGACAUAGUUGAGAGAAACAUUGUCACAUACACAUUUUGUUUAAGCUACUGUAUUAAACUUUGUUGAAUACCAAAAAAUAUGUAUUGGCUUCAUAGCAAAUAAUGGCAGAUUUUAUUAUUUUUUCCCCCUCUAAUUUGUUGUUCUCUAAGCUAAAGCUACUCGGUUCACGUUGUACCUUCUUGCAGACGUGUGCCUGCCUGCUGUAAAUAGUCAGAUCUUCACUCACGAUUUUAAAACCUUUUCAAAGAGGGUUUCAGCUCACUGAUUAAUGGCGAAUGCAGCUUUCGAACCUAACGUGUGUUUAUGCUUGUUUGUUUGUUUGGGUUUUUUUGUGGGGGGGGGGGGGUGUUGUCCGAAUAUGACACUUGUAAAAAAGCUAAAUGAAAAAAAGAAAAUCCGUUUGAUAUAAGUGUGCCAAAAUUCCUUGUCAGUUUCUGAGUUUUGUUGUUUCGUUUUUGUUUGUUUUAUUUUUGGUUUGUUUGUUUUAAGCUCAUUCCUGCUGUGCAUUUCAAAAUUAUUUUUAAAAUGUUGUUUUAAAUGCUUUUUCGUUUAAUUCGAACGGGAAGGUGAGGGAGAUGAUGUUUCUGAAAUCUGCAGCUGUAAACAGUCCCGUUGGAAGCACGAGGCUACACGUUCUGCGAGCAUGUGCUUAGCGCUCGGCGAACAUUGCCCUGAGUUCCCCGUCGCAGCUGUUGGGACGAUCGACUGAUGGUACGUUCGUGACAAAAACCUCAGCUCCUCUGCACUCUCUCAUUGGAGUUUCAGCGACCACUGACCUGCCACCGCCAAGUGACCGUGAUUCUGAUUGGCCGAAGAGCUGACGCCAAAAUGCUAAGUUUCCGUGGAGACCCUCCCCGCUGCAUCUUCCCACCUUUCCUCUGGCUGGAUCUUUCCAGAGGGACCCCGAUGUAGCACCAGGGAAGCACCAGAUUUCCAUUGUGAUGCGCAUGCUAUGACAUCACAGAGGUCAGAAGCAAUUCUGCAUUAUGACAUCAUCACAUGUGCGAUCUGUGCUCCUGUCUCAUUGUACUCAGUGUACGUGCUGUUGGCCCGGUGGCUAAACGUUGCACCAGGAGGGAGAUGUCCGUGCUGUUCAAAUCCACAAGCCUGGAUUCACUCAGUGUUUGUCAUCAACUUUGACUUGGGAAUGAAUUUCGAAUGUUCACAGUUUGGCAAAGUCAUAUCUGAGAUUUCCUGCUGAAGCAUUUCGCUCUGUUUGCAGUGAAGGAAGAAAAAAAGCAAACACUUGCAUUUAUUCUUGAUUUAAAAAAAAGUUCAGGACAAAUGUUGAUGGGAUCCAGGUCAUUUCCGGGGAGGUCACUGAGAUGAUUGUGAAAAGCACUCGAUUUUGUCACUGUCAGAAGAAGAAGAAAAAAGAGAUUUCAAUGGGUCUGAUAAUGAGCUAAUUCUGGUGACAAAUAGUGCUAUAGUGAGCUGGAACUACUUGUGUUUGGGUUCCUGUUGUCAUGGUUUGUGGUGAACACGCAAGCCUGGGGUGUAGACCAUGGCAUUGAAUAAAAUGAAGAGAAUCCUUACUGAUGUUUAUUUCGAAGAACGUUUGGUGCUGGAAACCAUUUGUUUCGAUAUUCAUUUCAUAGAUCCUGAGUUGUCACCGGAUUACUGUGUUUCGUAAAUUAAUAAAUUGUGAAAUGAAAACAUGAAUUUAAAAGAA